UCUCAGUGGCUGUGCUCCUUCCAGAGCCCCAAAGACUUACAGCUGCCUCCGCUGCCUUCCUGUGCCAACCAACCCCCAAAAGUUGUGAUGCUUUUCUUUACCCAGUGCUUUGGAGCUGUGUUAGAUCUCAUUCACCUCCGCUUUCAGCACUACAAGGCUAAACGGGUUUUCUCCACCGCUGGGCAACUUGUCUGCGUGGUAAACCCCAGGCACAACAUAAAGUAUGUGUCCAGCUGUCAUGUGGUCACUCACAGUGCACCAGAGCAAGGCAGCUACACCCAUCACCACCUCAGCCAGCACCACUGCCACCACGGCUCCCACAACCAUCUCCUCCACCACGCCCACCCUCACCUCCUCCACCACAAGGAGGCAGAACUACAUGCCACCCAGGUGACACCCUGCAUGUGCCCCUUGUUUUCCUGCCAAUGGGAAGGCCGCCUGGAGGUGGUGGUGCCCCACCUGCGGCAGAUGCACAGAGUUGAUAUCCUUCAGGGAGCUGAGAUAGUCUUUCUGGCCAUGGACAUGCACCUCCCUGCCCCGGCUGACUGGACCAUCAUGCACUCCUGCCUUGGUCACCACUUUCUGCUGGUGCUUAGGAAACAGGAGAAAUAUGAAGGGCACCCCCAGUUCUUUGCCACCAUGAUGCUGAUUGGGACCCCCACCCAGGCUAACUGUUUCACCUACUGCCUGGAGCUCAACAGAAACCAUCGGCGUCUUAAAUGGGAGGCCACUCCCCGGUCAGUCCUUGAGUGUGUGGACUCAGUGAUCACUGAUGGGGACUGCCUCAUCCUUAACACCUCACUAGCCCAGCUUUUCUCUGACAAUGGCAACCUUGCCAUAGGAAUCACUAUCACUAUGACAGAGGUUUGCUCCUCAGAAGCCAAGACGUGAAGCAAGAGGCCACCAGAGGUUCAUACACAGCCACCACUCCUUCAAGAAACUCUGCCUGUGCCCCUCAGAUCUCCAGAUCCCAGGACUCCAGACUCCUUUUUAUUCUUCUCCUCCUUUCCCUCCCUUCUUUCCUUUCUUUCUUUUUUUUUUUUUGUUGUUGUUUCAGGUACUUAAUGAUAUCUAGUAUUUGUCUGC